AUGGCGCCGCCGCCGCAGUCCCUGGAGUACUGGCGCGUGUUCUUCAACAGCUCGCGAGCCAGCAUCUUCGACGCCAUCGACGCCGCUAUCCGAGUCGCCGCCGCCGACAACCCCGACGGCCUCCGCGCGCGGCGUGACGCCAUUGCCCAGCGCCUCUACACCGUCCUUCCUCGGGCUACUGAGGAGGCAGUUUUGGCGGCCGACAUCUCUCCGCCGCUCCUCCCCGAGGGCCCCGCCGUCGCCCCUCACCGCGACAGCGACGACCCAGUCGUCGCCGAGGCCAUUCGCGUCAAGGUCGCCCUUUCCAGGAACAAACAGAAGUCGGAGGACGAACUGCUCGACCUGCUCCGGAGGCUGCAGCUUCUGAAAUUCACGGUGGACACCAUCAAGGUUACAGACAUCGUAAAGGCCGUGCAACCUCUGCGUAAUCAUGUCUCGAAGAAGAUUCGGGAACUCGCUCGAUCGCUCAUUGAAGGUUGGCAGGCGGAAGUUAAUGAGUCGACGAACAAUGAAGCUGCCACUAUAGAUCAUACUCCACGGUCAAUGGAUCCUUCUUGCUUGGAACAGGAAGAAGGAGGGUUGCCUUGCCCUCCCAUGGAUGAGGCUGCCCUUUUUGUCAAACCGUGUACCUUCGUAGACCUAUCCGAGUUCUUCGAUGGAAUAGAUGAUGAUGGAAGAGAAACAUUAUACCCAAUGCCAAAGAGGAUGGCGGUCAACAGUAUCCUACAAACAAAGAGUUAGUCAAGAGGCAGCCUCCAAUGGGCCAACAGGUUGAUCGAAAACAGAAUUGUAGGAUGCUUGAUCAUUCUGUAGUGAGGCAGUCACAGCUGCCCG